GUAGCGGAGGAACCUCGCCCGACUUCGCAGCAGAUCUGAUUCGAACAGGGACCAGAGGUCCUCGCGGAUUGUUUCAAACCACGUGUUUUUUUUUCCAAUACGCGGUCCUUUCUGUGCGUAAAGCCGCAUCCACACCAUCACCAUCCCCGCCCUUAUCAACACGGAUGUCCAGCUCCAGGGAGAGGACAUGUAUCAGGGCAUAAUGACAACCAACCACGGACCCCCCUCCUACGAGGCCGGGUUCCUGCACAACGCCUCGGCGGGCGCCUCCCCGGUGUACGUGCCCACCACCCGGGUGGUCACCCCCAUGAUCCCGCCGCUGCCCUACCUCCAGACGCCCGGCGCGUCGCAGCAGGGCAGCGGCGCGCCGGGCCACUCGGCCUGGGCGCAGCCGGGCGCGGACUCGGUGCCGUCGUACAACCACUCCCCGGUGUCCCCGCGCUUCACCUUCUCCACCAGCCCGCCGCUGUCGUCCGGCGCGGCCGCGGCCCGGGACACCCCGUACAGCAGCCCGCUGAGCGGCCGGGAGCACUACGGCGCCCGGGGCCUCGGCGGCUCGUACCACAGCCCGUACACGGCCUACAUGGGCCCGAACGUGGGCGGCACGUGGCCGGCGUCCCCCUUCGACGGCCCGGUGCUGCACGGUCUCCAGACCGGCGCAACUCCCGGCACAACACGGCACCCGAACAUAGAUCUGUUUGAUGACUUUGCUGAGGGGCGAGAGUGUGUGAACUGCGGGGCGAUGUCAACCCCCCUCUGGAGGCGGGAUGGUACCGGCCACUACCUGUGUAACGCCUGCGGGCUGUACCACAAGAUGAACGGCAUCAACAGACCCCUUAUCAAGCCCCAAAGACGACUGUCUGCCUCGAGAAGGGUGGGCCUGUCCUGCACCAACUGUCACACCACCACCACCACCCUGUGGCGGCGAAACGCAGAGGGGGAGCCGGUCUGCAACGCCUGUGGCCUCUACAUGAAACUCCAUGGGGUACCGCGACCCCUGGCUAUGAAGAAAGAGGGGAUCCAGACUCGCAAACGCAAACCCAAGAACCUCAACAAGUCCCAAACUGGGACUCCGGGCAGUGAGGGAACUCCAGUCACACCCAGCAGCACUCCCCGCACGGCCGCCGCCAUCACCACCAGCAGCACAGAGGAGCCUCGUCAGAUAAAGACGGAGCCGGAGGCUCACAGCUUGUUCACACACCACAGCGCACACACACAGAUCUCAGCCCUGCCGGCCUACAUGGCAGCUCAAGGUGGAGCCAUCCCUCUCAAGAUGGGGGGCCACGGCGGGUCUUCCGGCUCCAAAGCUGAGCCCUGGAACAACCUCAUCCUGGCCACGGCCCAGCAUCUCACACCAACUCACCUAUAACAACUAAACUCUCCCGACAGACUAGAGUCUUGGGACAGUGGGCCGCUGCUCUGGAUGCAGGUGACCCCACUGUGCUCUCAGUGCAAAGAUCUGGGACAGAAACAAUGAGGCCACAACAAAGACGGACAUCUUAAACACAACUGCGCAGACACUGUGUGUGCAAUCACAGCAAUCAACGACCGACUGGAGUUUGCGGUAGACAAUUGUGGAAAAGCAGCUCUCUUCAUUUAGAUCCAAACAACAACUUCUGAUAUGAAAAACUGUAACUGUGUAAGACGAUAACUUUUUUUUUCUUUUUGCCUUGUGAAUGCUUGGCUUAAACAAAUAACAGUAACAGUCAGAUCUCCUGAAUUAUUUUUUUAUUUCAAUUCAUUUGCCUUUUUUUCCCCUUAAUUUUAAUGAAAAUUUACCAAAGAAAUGAUAAGACAAAGAAAACAUGUAAGGACUCACAGCAGGACAUUUCUAUGUCAAAGGUAACACCGCACGGAGGAGUUGUAGCGGGUGUACUUAAAUGGUCAAUUCAUAUAAAUGAGAAAAACCAACUAUAUAUUUUCACACCUACCCCAGUGGUACAUUUGUAAAAGAUGUUUGAACAACUAGAGCGACUCCUCAGGAUAGGACACAUCCUGGCAAAUGUGUGCUGCUGGUCACUUUCUUUGUGAGCCACACACCUGUGUGAUCAGUUUUCAGUAUUUUCUACGUGUCUUUCUGUGAUUUAUUCAAAGAGACUGGUACAUUUGUUUUGGGUAUUUGAGCUCCUCAAAUGUGAUAUUCCAGUUAUUCGAACACCUCAGUUGUAAUGGGGUGGCAGCGGAAGUCUUAGCAGCUUUUAUCUCCACAAUCAAAAAACACAAACUAUCUACAUAUCACCGAAGGUAAAUAAGUUUUUUUUGUGUGCGUGAUUUAAAAGAAAAUUCUAAAUAAUCUAAUACAGUCAGGUAUAGUCACAUAUUUUAAAUUCUCAUGAUUGUGAAGUAAAAAUGACAUUUCACAGCACAUCCUAUUAAUUCUACAAAGACAAAAACCUACCACAAGUAUUUCUUGAAAACUUACUGUAACAGAGUGAACUGCUCUCUGCAUCAUUCCUCAACACCAGUGAUAUGACCUUUGGUAAAAAAAUUAUUUAAAGAAAACAAAACAAAAAACAUGAUCUACUCAGUUCAAUAGGAACUCCUCCACUGUGUUCCUUUGUCCUUAAGAUUUAAAGUAAAAAAUAAAAUAACAAAAAAGACACUAUAUUAUUAGUAUUGACAACUCUGUGAAAACAUAUGAUAAUACGAUGUAGCAAGAGUGACGCACAUGACUAAUAUGAUGUGGAUGGAAUUACUGUCACACAGCUCCCUCUGCUGACACAAGCAAAGAUGUGCAUCCACACGAAGCGCUUCAGAACCCUGCUAUUUAAUAUAUAUAUAUAUAUGUGUAUAUAUAUAUAUGUGUGUAUAUAUAUAUAUCUAUAUAUAUAUAGAUAUAUAUAUAUAUGUGUAUAUAUAUAUAUGUGUGUAUAUAUAUAUCUAUAUAUAGAUAUAUAUAUAUGUGUAUAUAUAUAUGUGUAUAUAUAUAUAUCAAGGUUGUAUGAUAAACCAUAUGAAGGAGUUUUCAGAACUGUACAGUAUAUUAGCAGAUUCUGCUUUAAUUUGCUUGUGACAAGCAUGGAGGCAACAUGUGUAAAUGUGGCAUGUGCCAAUGCCACAGGUAACUACCAAAAUAACAUGCAUAUGAGCAUAUAUGUAAAAAGGAAAGAAAAAAAAAACUCCACUCCAGUAUAAUUGUGUAAUACACCAUUUGUGAUAUAUUGUAAGUAAAGACACAGUGAGAGAUGAA